AAAGGAACUCACCUAUAACAAAGGAAAGAAAUUUGUAUAAUUCAAACGCUAAGCUCACACCAGCUAGAGAGAAAAUUCCUUCUUCUAUUUAGAUUCUAGCUUGAUUUCUAGAGGAAGAUCUCCAGAACCUUCCAUCAGCAAGGAUCUACCCGCAUUUCCUCCCUUACCUAUUUUUGCGGGCUAAAAAACCCUAAACCCUAAAAAGAUGGAUGCCUUGCGAGCUCCUCCUAUUGUUGGAUGCCCAUGCCCGACGCCAACGAUCGAUAACUCGCCGCCAUCUCUUGCAUCGCUCAGCCGGAUUGGAUGCAAAUUUCCGCGUCUAGAGAGCAGCAGUGUGAGAUCUAGAUGGAGCAGCGCCCGGAUACAUGCCGUUGCCAAGGUGAAGGAGAUCGAGGGCUCCAUUCUCGCCGCUGAUGGCCUUCGAUUCGCUGUGGUUGCUGCUCGAUUCAAUGAUAUAAUCACAAAGCCUUUGGUCGCUGGAGCGCUAGAAGCUUUCCAUAGGUACUCCGUCAAGGAAGAACACAUCGAGGUGUUCUGGGUUCCUGGAAGUUUUGAAGUUCCUAUCGUCGCACAGACUCUAGGAAAAUCGGGGAAAUUCGAUGCAGUAGUCUGCAUUGGUGCUAUUGUGAGAGGUGCUACAAGCCACUACGACGCUGUGGCGAAUUCUGCUGCGUCGGGAGUUAUGUCGGCAUCGCUGAAUUCCGGAGUUCCAUGCGUUUUUGGUAUUCUAACUUGCGACUCCAUGGAUCAGGCGUUUGAUCGCGCCGGUGGCAAAGUUGGGAACAAAGGAGGCGAAGCUGCCAUCACGGCGAUCGAAAUGGCAUCGCUGCUCAAGCAUCACGUCCACAAAAAACUUGUAAGAAGUGCUUGAAGAUAUCAAGUCUAGCUUCCAUUUUUCUUUACCACGGAUAAAAUCAUGGAUCUUUUUCCGAAGUCUUCGCUAAAA